UGAAAACCAACAGGAGGGGACAGACUUCGACAAAACACCGGUUAAUUAGCAUUGGGUUAAUUCACACAGCAGUGUUCAGGCAGAAGACCCGACUCUACUUCCGAAAGCCCCCAGGUUGUCUGCUCGGUCACGGAUGGCUCACACCGCUUUAGUCGUGUUGUUCUCGGUUGUGCUGUCCGGUGUGUCCGCCGGCCUGUUUUACAGCCAGAAACAGCCCUGUUAUGUCCGCUCACCGAGGAAAAACGGCUUUGGACUGAGGACCGAACCUCGUCCUCACGAGUAUUUAAACAUUUCUGAUCUACCUAAGUCAUGGGACUGGAGGAACAUCAACGGUACCAACUAUGUCAGCACCACCCGCAACCAGCACAUCCCCCAGUACUGUGGCUCAUGCUGGGCACACGGCAGCACCAGUGCCAUGGCAGAUCGCAUCAACAUAAAGCGGAAAGGAGCGUGGCCCUCUGCAUACCUCUCUGUCCAGAAUGUGAUCGACUGCGGUGAAGCCGGCAGUUGCCAUGGAGGCGAUCACAGUGGGGUUUGGGAGUAUGCUAACAAGCACGGGAUCCCAGAUGAGACCUGCAACAACUACCAGGCUAAAGACCAGAAGUGCAAGCCUUUCAACGAGUGUGGCACCUGCACCACCUUUGGGGUGUGCAACAUCGUUAAGAACUACACACUGUGGAAAGUCGGAGAUUUCGGAUCUGUGAGUGGGAGGGAGAAGAUGAUGGCAGAGAUCUACGCUGGAGGACCAAUCAGCUGCGGGAUCAUGGCCACAGACAAGCUUGAUGCGUAUACUGGAGGUCUCUACUCUGAAUACCAGGAAGAACCUUACAUCAACCACAUCGUGUCAGUGGCAGGAUGGGGAGUGGAGGGUGGCGUUGAAUACUGGAUUGUUCGCAACUCGUGGGGAGAGCCGUGGGGUGAGAAGGGCUGGCUCAGAAUCGUGACCAGCGCCUACAAGGGAGGAAGUGGAAGCACAUACAACCUGGCGCUGGAGGAGGACUGCAUGUACGGAGACCCAAUUGUCCCCAAAGAUUACCUGUAGAUGACACCAGUGGCCAGUGUCUGCACUCUCGUGUGUCUUCCUGUCUCAAGUGGAGGGAAACCUUUUUUUUUUUUUUUUUAGUAUUUUAAAUGUUAAAGGGAAUAAAUUGUGUUUUUUCUUUUUAGAUAUUUUUCCAAUUAUUUUUAAACUUGUAAUCAGGGGAGCAAAUUUCAGUGCCAUGGUCUUCCAAGCAGAUAUCAGACCUACUUGAAUCUGAUUUUUUUUUUUUUUUUUUACACCACAGGUUGGUAAACUGUUUAAAUGUUGGAUCAGAUCAGUUCAAAAUUCAGGCACUGCACGCUGAAGAUGCAUUUUAGACAAUGACAGGAUGAGGGAAUAAUUCAGUUUAAGUCAAACAACUUUUUUUUAUUUUUAAAUGCUUGCUGACUCAACCAAAGUAUGACAGUGUUUCAUUAGUCCUGCACUGCUCCGACACUGAAUGUGUGGCGAUUGGUUAACGACAGUAAUGCACUACACUGAUACGUGUUUUGUACAUAACUGUAUAAACAAACUUAGUGUGCCUUAUAUGCAUUUGCAGCAAAGUACACAUUUAUGUAAUUUGCAAUUUCACAUUGAAUCUACACCUCAGAAAUUAAGCAAAAGUUGCACUCUUGCUUUGAUUCAAACUGUGCCAAUAAACAUGACACUUCACACAG